AAUACAGCAUUCCAGGGGAAUUUAAUAUAAAAACAAGUCAAUUUGCCGACAGCAAAAUGAGACUUUCAUGAUCCCGACCUCUCGAAGACCACUUUCCAUUUGCACACGAACUUUUUGCAUAAAAAAACUCACAAUUCAUUGAAAUUUUCGUAAUUCCGGUAGUGAGCUAUAAUUGCGCAAUUUGAUAAAAUACCAGUUGAUAUCUACAGUAAUAAUCUUAGUAACACGAAGACAUUGGAAAACAAUUGAAAAACUCAAAUGAAUUCUAUACUAAUUACUGGUUGCAAUCGUGGAUUGGGCCUUGGUAUUGUAAAGACACUUGUGAAAUUACCACAGCCCCCUAAACACAUUUUUGCAACGUGCAGAGAUUCCGACAAAGCUACGGAAUUAAAGGACUUAGCAGCCAGUCAUUUGUCAAUUCAUAUUUUGGAGAUCGAUUUGCUCAAUUUUAAUAAUUAUGGAAACUUAAUAAGUCGAAUUAGCGAAGUAGUGAAAGAUGACGGAUUGAAUGUGUUAUUCAAUAAUGCUGGCUUUGCUCCCAAAUCUACUCGUAUCACCACAGUUAAAUUAGAGGAGUUGAUGCAGGCUUUACAUACGAAUACUGUUGUACCAAUUAUGCUAUCGAAGGCUUGUCUUCCACUCUUAAAACGGGCUUCAAUAACUAACAAAAACGUUGGAAUGGGUGUUAGGCGGGCCGCUAUUAUAAACAUGAGUUCGAUUCUUGGCUCCAUUGAAGCCAAUACAGAUGGUGCCAUUUACGCAUAUCGCACUUCGAAGGCUGCUUUAAAUGCAGCGACGAAAUCAAUGAGUAUCGACCUCCUUAAAGACAAAAUCCUUUGUGUAUGUUUACAUCCCGGUUGGGUACGUACUGACAUGGGGGGCGAUAAUGCACCGCUUGAUGUGAGCACCAGCUCAAGGAUGAUUAUAGAAAUUCUCUUAAAAUUUAACGAGAUGAACAAUGGCGGUUUCUAUCAAUAUGACGGUCAAAAAUUGCCUUGGUAGAAUAUCUUUUUUUAUUGUGUUUAUAUUCUCGUGUUUAAUUUGUACCUGCAAAUUGACAUAUGUAUGUAUAUGAUAUAUGUAUAAGCUUUUCAAUUGUCAGUAGUAUUUUACUUAUCACCGGGAAACUUUAUCGAACUUACAUUAUGACACAAAAGUACCCGGAAAUUGUAAAUAAAACGCAAAAUAUUUAAUUAGU